AUGACCACCGCCAACGGCAACGGGGGAGACCGUGACGGCUUCGAAGAACGUCUUCGCCAGAGGACAAUGAUGCGCCAUCCUCUCGAAACAGUCCCAGGCUCCGCCACUGUUCGCCCUCAUGGAAACAUCCCUAAUACGCCUUUGGCCGCCUCUGUCAUUUCCUUCUUGCUGGGGACACUGUUCUGCUUCGGUGCAAUAAGCGCAAUAUUCUCUGGAUCAUCCUUGUGGUUCACCAACUACCAGCUUGGUUUCUUUGUUGCCGCCUGGUCACUCUUCCAUUGGGCCGAAUUUGCCGUCACAGCUGGCUGGAACUUCGAGAAAUGUAGUGUCGAUUCCUUCUUGCUCGACAAUGGCCGUGAAUACCACAUAGCGAAUGCAACUGCAUUGACAGAAUACCUUAUUACGCUUUAUUUCAAGCCAUCUUGGAAGGGACUCCCAUAUGUUUCGUUGAUAGGCAUGUUCUUCGUUGCAUUGGGACAAGUUGUGAGAUCAGCUGCGAUGAUACAUGCCAGUACCAAUUUCUCUCAUGCUGUGGCGUAUCGCAAGCGCGAUCAGCACAGGCUCGUCACAGACGGUAUCUAUGCUUGGUCUCGACACCCUUCAUAUGCAGGGUUCGUAUACUGGGCCCUGGGAACCCAACUUGUCCUACAGAACCCCAUUACUUUCACCCUCUAUGCUGCCCUGCUUUAUAGAUUCUUUGAAGCUCGCAUUCGAGGCGAAGAGGGAUUAUUAAUCAAAUUCUUUGGCGACGAGUACAUAAAUUAUCGCAGACGCGUGGGGACGAAGAUACCUUUCAUUCGGUAG